AUGCUGCGUCAGCGUGCGCAGCAUGCUCUCUCGCUCUGUGCUGAGGCAUGCUGGCUGGCGCCCAGUACAAUGCCCUCAAUACAUUGCUCCACGCCGUGCUGGCUGGUGCAGUACUACCAGUGCGCUGACUGGCGCGCGGGGUGCGCGUCGCCGCGCGUGGCACGGGAGGCUCGAGAGGCGCGGCUGUCGGUCAAGUGGUCAACCCCGCGGCGCAUGGAAGCUGCUCGACAGGCUGCGGGCAUCGCUGCGGCAAAAGCGCCCGCGCUCUGCUUUGCUUUCGCCCGCGUUUUACGACAACUUUCGGUUUAUCUAUAG